GGACCUAAUUCAUUAUCAUAUUAUAUCUCUCAAGUCUCACAACCUUCAUCUCGCCAUAGUCUAUCAAAAUGGAUCUUUUCCAUCAAUUCCCACCAAUUCCAGUCGUGAUUGCAAUACUAUUUGCCUUUCCACUCUUUCUUUUCUCACUUCUAUGGGUAUCAAAGAGUGUAAAAAACGGAAACAAAAAGGUAGCAGCACCUGAAGCUGGGAGCUCAUGGCCGGUAAUCGGCCAUCUCCACCUCCUAGGAGGGCCGCAACCAGCCCACAUAGUUCUCGGAGACAUGGCGGAGAAAUACGGUCCUAUCUUCACCAUCAAGAUGGGUGUUUACAGAGCUUUGGUUGUCAACAAUUGGGAAACUGCCAAAGAGUGUUUAACCACAAACGACAAAGCCUUUGCCUCUCGUCCGAAGACUCUUGCUAUGGAGUUCCUGAGCUAUGACCACGCCAUGUUUGGCUUUGCCCCAUAUGGACCGUACUGGCGCCAAAUGCGUAAAGUUGCCACUCUUGAGCUCCUCUCGAACUAUCGGCUCGAUAAGCUCAAACAUGUCCGACAAUCUGAGAUAAAGACAUCCCUGAAAGAGUUGUACCAAAACUGGAGCAAGAACAAAGACAGCUCUGAUAAGGUUUUGGUGGAGAUGAAGACAUGGUUUAGGGAUGUAACUCUCAACGUGAUUCUGAGGAUGAUUGUUGGGAAGCGAAUUCUGAGUUCCGGCAGUGAUGCAGAGGGCGAGAGAUGGAAAGACGCAUUGCAGGACUUCUUUAACUUGAGUGGAAAGUUUGUGAUAUCUGAUGCGUUGCCGUUCUUAAGAUGCUUGGACAUCGGGGGAGACGAGAGGAUCAUGAAGAAGGUAAGAAAAGAACUAGAUGAAGUUGUAGAGGGCUGGUUACAAGAUCACAAGCGAAAGAAAGCGUCAGGUAAUCAGGAGAGCAACCAAGAUUUUAUGGAUGUGAUGUUUUCAAUCCUCAGUGACGUUGGCAAGCAUGAUGCUGAUACCAUCAACAAAGCCACCUGCCUGAAUUUGAUCUUAGCAACCUCUGAUACAACAAUGGUUACACUGACAUGGGCUUUGUCUUUACUACUUAACAACCGCGACGCAUUGAAAAAAGCACAAGAAGAAUUAGACGUCCAUGUUGGUAGAGACAAACUAGUUGAAGAAUCAGACAUUAAAAAGUUAGUCUACCUUCAAGCCAUCCUCAAGGAAACCCUGCGUUUAUAUCUUGCUGCACCACUUUCAGUGCCGCAUGAGUCAAUGGAAGACUGCGUCGUGAGUGGCUACUAUAUCCCUGCAGGCACACGACUUCUCAUCAAUCUUUACAAAAUUUAUCGCGAUCCACAUGUAUGGCCAGAUCCUUGCGAGUUUCAACCAGCAAGAUUCCUAACUACCCACAAAGAUUUCGAUGUCAAAGGCCAGAACUUUGAGCUGAUCCCAUUUGGAAGCGGUAGAAGAAUGUGUCCUGGAGUUUCCUUUGGGCUCCAAGUGUUGGAGCUUACACUAGCUAAUCUGCUGCAAGGGUUCGAGCUAGGGACCCCUUUAGAUGAACCAGUUGAUAUGGGCGAAGCCAUAGGGCUGACAAACUUGAAGGUCUCUCCCCUUGAAGUCCUGAUUACUCCACGUCUUCCUGCUGUUUGUUAUUAGCUUGUAGCAUUUGCA